AUGCCACAGGUAGCUGCUUUCUGCACUUGCAGAGGGGAGCAGGCUUGGGCACAUGCAGGGGUUCGACUUUCAGGGGCUCCAGCUCUGCCAUGCUCACGAGCUUAUCGCAAGCGAAGACGCUGGAAGAUGGAUUCGGUGAUUGCGAAAGCUUUCGCAGCCUUUGAAGGACGGCGUUUGGCCGAACUCCUGUCAGAAGGCGUUGAGAAUGAGGACGCGCAGGUCGUUGUCCUCCAGCAGUGGGAGGCCAUGGAUGCAAACGAGCGUUCGAGAUGGUCUGAUCUCGAGGUAGAUGCAUCGGCUCCAGAGGUGCUGGCACCGCUUCAAGCCGAGCCUGUCAAAACACCAACGCCUUCAAGAGCUCGAAAGAAGAGGCCAGUGUCACAAGAGAACCGUUCAGCUGAAGCCGGGGAGAGCAGAGUGAAGGCUCUGAAACCGGAGGACCACAAGGAUGACAAUCACGUUCGACGGGGUUGCGUCGCUCCUCGCAGUCUGCAGCCUGCCGGUGAUUGGAUUUGUCCAGCGCAGGUCCUGGAGCCAUCGGAGGAACCAGAUGCAGACAUGAAAGACUUGCAUGAACAGGACGAUUCACAACGCGGUGGACGUGGAGACAAAGAGGACGAGUCGGAGAGGAGACAGCAUGCCUUUCGCACGUCUCAAGUAGUUCAAGUGGGUGGGAAGCAUCCUGAUUGGCUGACGGAGCCGGCAGCCGUGGCAGAGAUAUCGCUUCCAAGACUAUCGUCCGAUGAGUUGGUGUUCCUUCCCAGGUCCGUGGCCGAGGAAGGGCGCUUGAGUUCUGUGCAAAUGGAAAGUGUGGCAUAUGCGGCUCGCCGCUUUUGCUCUUACCUGCCAUCCGGGGCUCGUGCUGGGUACUAUUUGGGUGAUGGCACUGGCUGUGGAAAGGGCCGCAUAAUCGCCGCUCUUAUCUGGCAUCUCUGGAACAGUGGUGCGAAACGACACGUAUGGUUGAGUGCCAGCAGCGACCUCCUGGAGGAUGCAACGAGAGAUUUUCGAGACCUUGGAGCAGCAGUGCCUUUGUGCAGCUUGUCGUCUAUGGGUUAUGGACCUCUUUCGGGUCAUGGUCUGGAUGCCGACGGCAACGGGGUCAUCUUCGUCAGCUACCAGCUCCUCGUUGCUUGCAAAGGCGGUGCAUCAGGUGUGCCCACGCCAGAGACUUCGAGGCUUGGUCAGCUCGUCGAUUGGCUUAGACGUGGCAAGGGCGGUGCCUCCGGACUCAUUGCCCUCGACGAGGCUCAUCGCACGAAAAACGUGGGCACGGAGACGCAAGCGGGGUCCAAGUCCGGGCUCUCAGCGCUGGAGCUGCAGCGCGCCUGUCCUGGAGCUGCGGUGCUCUAUGCCAGUGCCACUGGAGCCACGGAGCUGCGACACCUGGGAUACUUGGAACGCCUUGGUUUGUGGGGCAAAGGUCGUCCUCACAAAACUUUUGAAGAGUUGCGCUUGGCCGUAGAAGGAGGCGGUCUGGCGGCCAUGGAGUUGCUUGCAAUGACCAUGCGCGCGGAAGGCAUGUUGUCUUGCCGCUCACUUUCCUUCAAAGGUGCCUCCUUUCGCUUGGUGCCUAUUUCUUUGGGGACAGAGGAAGAAGCACCCGUUUACGUGGGCUCCUGUUUAUUCUGGCAAGCAGCCUUCCGAAUAAUCGUACGUCUGCUGAAGGCACGUACGCGCGAGGUCAGACGGAAGAAGCUCAAGCAUACCACCGAGCUAAAGGAGAACUCUGUGCACAUGCGGAACUUUUGGAGUGCGCAGCAGCAGUUCUUCCGACAGCUCUUGAUUUGCAGCAAGGUAGACGCAACAGUGAAACUUGCGGAAGCUGCACAGCUCAGGGGUGAGGCGGUGGUCAUCGCUAUGUGGUCGACGGGCGAGUCCGUCACGGAAGCCGUCGCCAACCGCAAAGGUGACCGCAGCGCUGCAGCUGCGGGUUUCGCAUCGGCGCCGAAGGAGGUGGCCUUUCGAAUGUUAAAUGGUCUCCUCAGGACGCUGGCUGAGGCCGUCGAGUCUGAGCCUUCCGCACUACAGGUUGCCGAGCUGACCGGGAGAUCGCGCCGCCUGGUCUUCAAUCAAGUCACCGGGGAGACGCGUUUCGAGGAGCGGGGCGACCGAGCCAACCUUGAGGAGCUGCGAGCCUUUCAGCUGGGCCGCAAGAAGGUCGCCAUUGUCACUGAGGCUGCAAGCGCCGGCAUUAGCCUGCACUGCGACAGGCCUCUUCGGCAAUCUCAAGUUCAUCCCUUUGUGUGCAGAUUUGUGCUGCCUGUAUUGCCAGCCCGCCUGGAGAGGUGA